AAAAGAGUAACGAUCAAAACUUGUCAAAUGUCAACUAGAAAAAUAUGGAAAUUGAUAACAAAAGACAUGGCAAGAAAUCGGACAAAGAAACCCAGUCCCCAGUUUUGAAAGUCUUCAAGGAAAUGAUUCAGAGAGAGAACAACGAUCCCGAAAAAGCAAAUUUGCUGAAAGAGAAACAAGAGAACAGAAAGAGAAGGCAGUAUUCUGGAUCAAGAUCCAAAACAAACAGAGUCAACAGAUCCUGUGACUCCAGCAGUUCGGAGAAGAACAAGCGCAGCGUGCAGUACAAGGUGGCUCACGAGCAGAGGCUGAAGGACUUCAACGAGAGAAGCCAGAGCAUUCCCUACCGCUGCUUCUGGACAAAAAUAUGGGCCAGUGUUGAGAAAAAGCAGCGCAUGAUACUCAGUCACUAUUGUUUAACGGAGAGUAGAGGCCUCAACCGCCUCUGUGGUCUAGUGGUUAGACCACCUGCUUCAGACGCAGAGCCAUUUCAAGGAGACAAGAAGGAUAGCUGGUGGUUUUGGGGUGACAAUCAGAAUAAGCGGUCAGAAGAUACUUGCUCAUGCGUCUCAUGUGCCUUAAAGAAGAUCGUCAGCUCAGAAUACACCUGCAUAGCCUGUCUCGGGAUUCUCUUCCUCAUUUCUGUGCUGGUGGCCUUCAUGGUGCUGUUCAGGACAGUUCCCAUGGUGGCCAAGACAGGCCACCCUAACCUGAUGCCGGGGAAGAAACCAAGGGAGGGUAGCGAUGUCUUGAAGAGGAAGAUUGACUUGAUACAGAGGGGGUGUAAAGAUGAUGAGAGGCGCCUAUGGGACGACACAUUGACGAGGCAUUUGAGCAGCUUGACGGGAAUGAAUGGAAAUGAUUUCGACGAUGGCAACUAUCGAGAAACGCUAUGA